GUAGUGACGUCGUUACCGGAAGUAGCCUCGUUCUGGCCGUCAGGGCAACACCUAGAAAAAACACAUCCCCGACGACGCGCCUCAAGCCCGUAAUAUGGGCGAAUUUUAACACUAAAACACAACUCGAUCUGGCACCUUACCCCUUAACACUACACGAGGAAUCCGUUGGGUUGUGAUUUAGCUCGUUUUAACGGUCGUUUGAGCCAUGUCUCGGGGCGCGCUGCAGCCGAGCCAGCAGAAGCUGGCGGAGAAACUGACGAUCCUCAACGACCGCGGCAUCGGGAUGCUCACGCGCAUCUACAACAUCAAGAAGCAAGGACAAGUUUGGAAGGCCUGUGGAGAUCCCAAGGCAAAGCCUUCUUACCUGAUUGACAAAAACCUGGAGUCAGCUGUGAAAUUCAUCGUCAGAAAAUUCCCGGCCAUCGAGACACGCAACAACAACCAACAGCUUGCACAACUACAAAAAGAAAAGUCAGAAAUACUGAAGAAUUUAGCUCUAUAUUACUUCACCUUUGUGGACGUUAUGGAAUUUAAGGAAGCUGCAGAAUUCGGGUUCAUCUUGUGUCACGCGGCUCUGAGCAGUGACGCUGCAGCUCUCAGUCUGUGGAAGUUAGCUCUUCAGAGCAGUUCCUGUCUCUGUCUGUUCAGGGACGAGGUGUUCCACAUUCACAAAUCUGCCGAGGAUCUCUUUGUAAACAUUCGCGGUUACAACAAACGUGUCAAUGACAUCCGUGAAUGCAAAGAAUCUGCUCUGUCACAUGCGGGUUCCAUGCACAGAGAACGCCGCAAGUUCUUGAGAUCUGCCCUGAAAGAGCUCGCUACAGUGCUGGCGGACCAGCCAGGCUUACUGGGUCCCAAGGCUCUGUUUGUGUUCAUGGCUCUCUCCUUCGCCCGUGAUGAGAUCAUUUGGCUGCUCAGACACGCCGACAACAUCCAAAAGAAAAGCACAGAUGACUUUAUUGACAAGCACAUCGCAGAGCUGAUCUUUUACAUGGAGGAGUUGAGGGCACAUGUGCGGAAGUACGGCCCGGUGAUGCAGAGGUACUAUGUGCAGUACCUGUCCGGCUUUGAUGCCGUGGUGCUCAAUGAGCUAGUGCAGAACCUGUCUGUCUGCCCAGAGGAUGAGUCCAUUAUUAUGUCGUCCUUCGUGAACACUAUGACCUCUCUCAGUGUUAAACAAGUUGAAGAUGGGGAAGUGUUUGAUUUCAGAGGGUUGAGGCUGGACUGGUUUAGACUGCAGGCUUACACCAGCGUGUCCAAGGCCUCGCUAGGACUGGCAGAUCACAGGGAGCUGGGAAAAAUGAUGAACACCAUCAUCUUCCACACCAAGAUGGUGGACUCUCUGGUGGAGAUGCUUGUGGAGACUUCUGACGUUUCCAUGUUCUGGUAUGACCUGAAUAUGAGGCACCACAUCGGAGACCGCAGCUUGUCCCUUUGCAACAUGUUCCUGGAUGAGAUGGCCAAGCAAGCCCGCAACCUCAUCACAGACAUAUGCACAGAGCAGUGCACCCUGAGCGACCAGCUACUGCCAAAACACUGUGCCAAAACCAUCAGCCAGGCCGUGAACAAGAAGUCGAAAAAGCAGACAGGGAAGAAGGGUGAACCGGAGAGAGAGAAGCCUGGUGUUGAGAGCAUGAGGAAGAACAGACUUCUGGUCACCAAUCUGGACAAACUGCACACUGCUCUGUCAGAGCUCUGCUUCUCAAUCAACUAUGUCCCCAACAUGAUGGUCUGGGAGCACACCUUCACCCCACGCGAGUACCUGACCUCUCACCUGGAGAUCCGCUUCACUAAGUCCAUAGUGGGGAUGACCAUGUACAACCAGGCCACACAGGAGAUUGCCAAACCGUCAGAGCUGCUCACCAGCGUGCGGGCCUACAUGACAGUGCUGCAGUCCAUAGAGAAUUACGUGCAGAUUGACAUCACCAGAGUGUUCAACAAUGUGCUGCUGCAGCAGACCCAACACCUCGACAGCCACGGAGAACCAACCAUCACCAGCCUCUACACCAACUGGUAUCUGGAGACUCUACUGCGGCAGGUUAGCAAUGGUCACAUCGCUUACUUUCCUGCCAUGAAGGCCUUCGUUAACUUGCCCACAGAGAAUGAGCUCACCUUUAAUGCAGAGGAGUAUUCUGACAUAUCUGAAAUGCGUUCCCUGUCUGAGCUGCUGGGUCCGUACGGGAUGAAGUUCCUCAGCGAGAGCCUCAUGUGGCACAUCUCUUCCCAGGUGGCUGAACUCAAGAAACUUGUGGUGGACAAUGUGGAGGUUCUGACCCAGAUGAGGACCAGCUUCGACAAGCCGGACCAUAUGGCAGCACUCUUUAAGCGGCUCACAUCGGUUGACAGCGUGCUGAAACGGAUGACCAUCAUCGGCGUGAUUUUGUCGUUCCGUUCUCUGGCUCAGGAAGCUCUCAGAGAUGUGCUGUCCUGCCACAUUCCCUUCCUGGUGAGCUCCGUGGAAGACUUCAAAGACCACAUUCCUCGUGAAACUGACAUGAAGGUCGCCAUGAACGUGUACGAGCUGUCUUCUGCGGCAGGCCUGCCCUGUGAGAUCGACCCUGCUCUGGUAGUGGCUCUGUCUUCCCAGAAGUCUGAAAAUAUUAGCCCGGAGGAGGAGUACAAGAUCGCCUGCCUGUUGAUGGUCUUCGUGGCUGUUUCCAUGCCGACCCUGGCUAGCAACGUGAUGUCACAGUACAGUCCCGCAAUAGAAGGUCACUGCAACAACAUUCACUGUCUGGCUAAAGCGAUAAACCAGAUUGCCGCUGCUCUGUUCACUAUCCACAAGGGCAGCAUAGAGGAUCGCCUCAAAGAGUUCCUCGCCCUCGCCUCCUCCAGCCUGCUGAAGAUUGGACAGGAGACGGAUAAAAGCACUACACGAAACAGGGAGUCUGUUUACCUGCUCCUAGACAUGAUCGUUCAAGAAUCACCAUUCCUCACCAUGGACCUCUUGGAAUCCUGCUUCCCUUAUGUCCUGCUCCGGAAUGCCUACCACGCCGUGUACAAGCAGUCUGUGUCUUCUUCCGCGUAAGAGUUCCCGUGCGUAGAGCACUCGAGGGGCGGAUACUUCAGCCCUCGUUCUAUAUUCCUCUGUAGGAUUCUCCAAUGUUAUAGUCUUACCAGUUCAAGACUUUUAAUGGGAUCAAAACUUUUAUGACACUGAAUAAAGAGGGGGAAAAAUGAUUUGUUUAUUGACCACUUACAAUAAUCGAUUUUGAUCCCAGGGACUAGUGACACUAAGUAUCAUUUUGACCAUUUUUUUGGGUUUGUGUUUUAAUUUGCAAUGGUUAAACAUGGAUACAAACACAUUAAAUAGCUAAUUGUGUGUGUUGGGACGUGGGGGGGAGGGCAAGGGUGUGAAUUAUUAAAAACUCUACAUCAUGCUAAAUGCUUGUUACGAUAACAGAUGCCUCUAUGAAACAGUGAUUCUUUUUUUGAUGUUGUUCUAGAUCUAAUCUGUGUGGGUUACUGCGUGCUUUUUUUCUCUCUCUCCCUCCCUGUGAAUUUGCAUUUAUUUUCAUUACACUUUGUGUUCCUUUGACAUACUUGCCAAAUUAAUGGAUAUAACAGCAUCUCAUUUGGAUUGAAACGGCAGAAUUGUGCAGAACUACAUGUUAUAAAAGCAACCUAGUGUUGUUUGUACAAAGCAUAGUAUAAUUUUUUAACUAAAUUUCAUAAUGCUUUGUGGCAUUGACACUCCAUUGUACCUGUCCGUGAGCUACAAUAAACAUUCUUACAUAUUUAUUGAAUGUUUAUCAGUUGUUUUCCCCCUCCUCUCCCUUAACUGGUUUUAUAUGUUUUGGAUUUUUUGGAAAUGACAAUGUAUCUUCCAUAACAUGAAUAAACAUCAGGUCAAAUGCA